AUGGUCUUACACUUACUCCGGGAAUCUGUGUCAGAGGUUGUCUGCAACCAAACAAGAUGCGAUUGCACUGGAUUAAAAGGAGACAGGGGUGAUCCGGGUCCUCCAGGUAUACCUGGGAUACUAGGCGAAUAUGGAGAUGAUGGCCCAGAGGGUCGUAUGGGUAUUAUGGGGGAGUUAGGGGACUUAGGUGAAAGAGGAGACGCAGGUGACAAAGGUGAAAGGGGGUCAGAUGGACCAUAUGGACCACGAGGAUAUACUGGGCCUCAGGGUCCUCCAGGAUUCGAGGGUAUCAGGGGAGUGUUUGGAUUAGAUGGUUGUAGUGGAGUUGAUGGUGCCAUAGGCUUACCAGGCCCCCAGGGUAUUCCUGGUGAUAGAGGUCUACCAGGUCCAUACGGAGAGAAAGGAGCACAGGGUCUAGCUGGUGAAGGCGGUGUAAACUCACAAGGUGCGAAAGGAGUUCAAGGUGACUUUGGUCGUCAUGGAGUUCCAGGCCCGCCUGGUCCAACGGGUUGGAUAGGAGAUGGUGGACCCCGAGGAGAAACGGGAGAUCAGGGUCCAAUGGGAAACCCUGGUGUGCCAGGGUACAGAGGUGAUACUGGUGAAGAUGUUGUCGGUUCACCUGGUGAAAAAGGAGAUCAGGGUGAAGUUGGAGAACCUGGAAGACCAGCUCAAGUUGUUUUUAUCCAACAAGUACAGCAAAAUAUAACAAUUUUAGCCAAAGGUAAUAGAGGAGAUAGGGGUCCUAGAGGUCAACAGGGAGUCAAGGGCAUAAAAGGAGAACUUGGUUCUACAGGAAGACCGGGACCAUAUGGUUUACAUGGUGCUCAAGGAUAUAAAGGAGACCAAGGUGAAAAUGGUCCAAGAGGAAAGCCAGGUGUGAGAGGAGCAUUAGGUCCAGCUGGGCCUAAAGGUGAUAAAGGAGCACCGGGCUACGCGGGCUUAGACGGUGAUGAUGGACUAUCGGGUGAAAUAGGAGAGGAAGGAAGAGCCGGUACUCCUGGCGAACAAGGUUUCAUGGGAGAGCCUGGUAUAUACGACGAAACUUUAAGUGAACCAUUAAAACCAGGUUCCAUGGGUCCUCAAGGACCAAUAGGUCCUCCCGGUCCUACGGGAAGUACUGGCCUCGACGGGGCUCCUGGACUACCUGGUAUAGUAGGUCUGCCUGGAUUACCAGGUAUAAAAGGUCUUCCUGGCCGUGAAGGUGUGAUGGGUAUAUCUCCUAAAGGUGAGCCAGGAAACGACGGUUUUAAAGGUUUACCAGGACAGCGAGGAUCUCAAGGGUCACCCGGAUUAAUGGGCUCUAUGGGUCCUAAAGGUUUUAAAGGGGCUACAGUUGUGGGACCUUAUGGUGAAGAUGGUACUCCUGGGACUGACGGUUCACCAGGAUUAAGAGGUGAAAGAGGUGAUAAUGGUGUCAUGGGUCCACCUGGUUUUCCUGGACGAGGUGUUCAUGGAGUUGGCCCACCGGGAGAAGAUGGACCGCCUGGUCCACCUGGUUUUACUGGUGAUCCAGGCAUACCUGGACGACCAGGUCUUCAUGGCGCAAGGGGUGAACAAGGAGACGACUGCCCUGUCUGUAAAUCCGGUCUUCCGGGCCCUAAGGGACAAAGAGGAGAUGAUGGAUUUUCUGGUCAAAAAGGAUUCCCUGGAUAUGAAGGGUUACCCGGCCCUCGGGGUAAGAAAGGUUUACCUGGAUAUCCCGGCAUUCCCGGUCAAAAAGGAGUAAAAGGAAAUAAAGGUCAAUCUGGAAUGGCUGGAUCACAAGGACAUAAAGGGCGAAAAGGGCGUUUAAUAAACCCACCGUACGCAUUGACUUUAGCUGAAAAAGGCCCACAAGGACCCCUAGGAUUUCUGGGAGAUGCUGGUCUGCCAGGAGAUGCUGGAUGGCCUGGACCACCUGGCGACCAUGGCCUGCCUGGUCUUAAGGGCAUGACAGGCAACGACGGUCUGCCUGGUUUUCCUGGACGCAACGGUACUCACGGUCGCGACGGAGCACCUGGAUGGCCUGGACGAAACGCCGAUGUACCGUACGCCUUCUUGACGGGACAGAAAGGAGAGCAAGGCAUAAAGGGUGAACGUGGAGAGCCCGGUGAUGAUGGUUUUAAAGGAGAGAGUGGGGAAGCUAUCGGUUCGGAGAUUAACUCAAAGGGUUCAAAAGGAAACAUCGGACCAUUUGGUCCAGAAGGAUUAAGGGGUAGAAAAGGAGAAAUCGGUGAGAGUGGAUAUGAUGGAAUACCAGGAUCAAGAGGUGACAUAGGUGACACUGGUGUGUCCCUGCAAGGGCCUGAAGGAAGCAGAGGAUUUCCUGGUGAAAAGGGAGAUAUAGGGCCAUUUGGAGAGCCGGGUAAACCAGGUCCACAAGGAGUCGACGGAUUUAGCGCAGAGAAGGGCAAAAAAGGUUCAAGAGGUGAAGUGGGGUUGGCUAUCAUCUAUGGAGAAAGGGGUAUAGAUGGUCUGCCAGGUGAAAUGGGAGAUAUUGGUGAACCAGGUUAUCCAGGAUCCCCAGGACUUGGAGGGACUAUGGGCCCUAAGGGUGAAACUGGAUUUGCCGGUGAUGGCGGGCCCCAGGGGCCACCAGGAUCUUUAGGACGUAAAGGAAUGCCAGGGAUUACACUACAAGGAGCGCCUGGUAUGCCUGGACAUCCUGGAUUAAUGGGUGCCAUCGGAAUUAUUGGAGAACCUGGUCUUCAGGGUUACAAUGGAUUGCCCGGAGAUGUAGGUCCGAAAGGAACUAAGGGAGAGUUUGGUGCUAUCGGUUUUAGAGGUGCAACUGGAGAACGUGGUACAGUAGGCUUUCCUGGAUUCCCGGGAUUAAUGGGUAGACCUGGUAAUGACGGUCAAUCUGGCGAUCGUGGAGAAACGGGUGGUCAAGGAUAUCCCGGUCAGCCUGGGAGAACUGGAAUAGUUGGUAUACGCGGAGAUAAAGGAAAAACCGGCGAUUUUGGUCAACCAGGCUAUUCAGGACUCGACGGUUUACCUGGGAUCAAGGGCGGGAGCGGUGAUAUAGGUAUGGCGGGUCUUCAGGGAUUAAAAGGAGAAGAUGCAUUGACCGGUAUGAGAGGUGAUGACGGAGAACCAGGGCAAAACGGUGUUUCUGGACGGCCUGGACUAUACGGUUUAAAUGGGGAAAAAGGUGAUCAAGGCGAUUCUGGCUUAAAUAUGGCUGGCUUUGACGGCGUUAAAGGUCAAAGAGGUAGUCAAGGUACUCCCGGAUUCUUAGGAAUUAAAGGGAUCAAGGGACCCAUAGGUGAGCAAGGAGUACCUGGCUAUUUUGGCCAAAUCGGAGAUAAAGGGUUUCGAGGGUACCCAGGUUCACCAGGACGCCAUGGAUUUGACGGUGUCAAAGGAGAACGGGGCCCUAACGGUAUUCCUGGUGAAAGUGGCAUUACGGGUGACAUUGGUAUGGAAGGUGAACCUGGUAAAAUGGGGGCUCCAGGAAUUCCAGGUGACAUGGGCUUUCUUGGAGUAAAAGGUCUUAGAGGAUCUCCUGGGGUAAAAGGAGAACAAGGAGAAAUGGGUCCUAGGUCGUUCUCUCCAGCCACUAAAGGAGACAUUGGAGACUUUGGAAUGGAAGGUUUGCCGGGAUUUCAGGGACAAACUGGUGAGCCUGGUUUCACUGGAAGGACCGGUAUAAAGGGCGAACGAGGUGAUAAUGGUGCUAAAGGUGAAAUUGGAUUCGAAGGUGCACAGGGUCCAAAGGGAUAUAUAGGUGAGGUUGGGCCUCCUGGACUACCUGGAUUAGAUGGAAUAAAUGCUGAAAGGGGAGAAUCAGGCCUACCUGGAAAAGAUGGAUUACCUGGUUGGCCUGGUAAUAUGGGUCAAAAAGGAGCUCCUGGGGACUUUGGAGUUGAUGGGCCAGUUGGCCAACCUGGACAACCAGGACUUAGUUUUAGAGGACCAAAAGGAAUGUCAGGAAUGGACGGACGGCCAGGAAGGCGUGGUAAAAUGGGUAUACCCGGAGCACGAGGCAUGGAAGGUGAACCAGGCUUUCUAGGACCAAAAGGAAAUGUAGGAGAACCGGGAUUCGCUAUAAGUCCAAAAGGUGAAACAGGUGCCCCUGGACAACCAGGUUUCUUCGGUAUUAAGGGAGAGCGAGGUGAAACAGGAGAAUUCGGGCGGGAUGGUUAUCCAGGCCCGCAGGGUCUUAAAGGAUUAAAAGGAAUAAUGGGUGACAUCGGUAAACCCGGUCCUCCUGGAUAUGCCGGAAGGAAAGGUGUGAAAGGUGACAAAGGUGAUGUCGUCUUACCUUCGGAAGUGAAUCCCGGUCCUCCUGGUGAACCGGGACCGUUAGGUUACGAAGGACGUCCUGGUCUUAGUGGUAAGCCUGGAGACUUUGGUCAAAAUGGUAUACCAGGAAUGAAAGGACAGUUAGGAGACAGUGGUAGCAUUGGUUUACCAGGGGUGCCAGGUCCUCAGGGCGAACGGGGUCGAAUUGGGCUAAAGGGUACUGUAGGUGUGGAUGGUUUACCUGGUACACCAGGGCCUCGAGGUGUACCUGCACCCCCACCUCCGAUACCAAAAUCGCGUGGAUUUUACUUCACGGUACAUUCACAGUCUAGAAUGGUACCCCACUGUCCCGCCGGUACGACACCAAUGUGGGAUGGAUUUUCACUUAUACAUAUUAUAGCCAACGCCAAAGCACAUGGACAAGACUUAGGUGCUCCUGGAAGUUGUCUCCGUAGAUUCUCAACUAUGCCAUUCAUGUUCUGCAAUCUAAACGACGUUUGCAAUUUCGCUCAAAGAGAAGACUACAGUUUCUGGCUUUCAACACCAGAGCCCAUGCCGAUGGCUAUGACACCCAUCCAAGCGAGGGACGUAGGAUCAUAUAUUUCCAGAUGCCAAGUUUGUGAAUCCCCAACAAGAGCUAUCGCUUUACACAGUCAAAGUAGUACACCGCCUUCUUGUCCCAACGAAUGGGAGGAAUUAUGGGUGGGAUACAGCUUUUUAAUGCACACAGCUGGCCCAGAUGCGUCAGGUCAGAGUCUGAUAUCGCCAGGUUCCUGUCUCCAGGACUUCAGAACGCGUCCCUUCAUAGAAUGCAAUGGCCUCGGAAGAUGUAACUAUUUCGCCACAGCCAUCUCCUACUGGCUAUCCACGAUCGAGGAUAAUAAAAUGUUCUCACGCCCAGAACAGCAAACACUAAAAGUUGAUCAAAUAUCUAAAGUCAGCAGAUGUGUAGUGUGUAAACGACGGAACCCGGGCCCAGCGACGGGGUACGCCCCUCGGCCAGCUGGAGUCGAGGCCGUCCCUAACGCCGUCGUGCGCAGGCCUUUGCCCCACAGACCACGAUACCGCCCCAACUAUGGCCGCUACCGUGGACGACGCCGACACAAUGUCAUAUAG